UGUGCGGCGGCGGUGGCGGCGUCGACGUCGGCCCAAGCAGCCCGUUCAGAAGAGAGGGAGGCAACGUGGCCGACGGCGUCAGCGGCCCUGGUCGCAGAUGACCACCUUCGCCUUGAUCAGGCAGUGGUAACUGGUUCUUCGACCAACGUCAUGUUACGUCAAGUCACGCUACGUGAUGUCAAGCCACGCCGCAUGCCACAUCAUGCCAAGACACGUCAAGCCAUUCACAUCGCGUCAAGACAACACUUCGUCACGUCAAGCCACGUCACGUCAAACCACCCCUCAUCAUAUCAAGCCACGUCACGUCAAGCCACAAUAAUGUUUGUUGUUACAAUGUGCUAGUAUGUUUUUGAUUCGAGCUACGUCUAGGGCUUUUUUACUUGGAUUUUUAUAUAUUUCUGCUAGCACCAAGGGCUACUUGCUCUCCUGGCGUUUCGAUACCGGCUGCUUCUACACUAACUGACUUCUCUCCUCGAUUUAUGGACGUCCCUACCAGCACACCGGACUUCGCAUUUGGAUAAUCUAAGCAUAGGGUGGAAAAUAAUAGGGUUCGUAUACGUUUCAUUAAAUGCGGGAUUGUCCCGUUUACCGAGUUCUGUCCCGUCUCGUAAAACUUGUCGCAACGCCGAAAUGUUACAUAUUUUGCUUCGUCCGAUUUUUCGCUUUUAAUUGCCGUAGAUGAAAUAGUUCCCGUGAUAGUGCGACAAAAAACAACAAGGGGGUCAAGCGCACUCCAUUAAAAAUACUACCGCACCAUAACACCAUUUUGGCAUCGCUCCGUCGGGCCUCGUUGCGGUUCAGCCGCCUGGAGCUGACACCCCAGCUGCCCCACGAAGAACAAACCCUCUCAGGAACCUCAUGAAGGGGGAAAUACGCUAAUGAAGGACCAGUGCCGACGGUGGCAACGACGAACAUCUCCGAGUGGCAAGUGAUGGGAAACGGUCGAGUUUUGGUGGCUCCCAGCGAGUGCUCAGCGCGCAGUGCUGCCAUCUUCCUGCGACCGGGAGCUGUUCAACACCAUACACCCGUCAUCAAUCCCAUUCCCUCACGUCCAUCUUCACCCUCCCAUCCGAUAAUCACCAUUACCAAUCCUUGUAACUUUUCCUUGUCCCGAAACAUUUCCCCUUUUCAAUUUGUACUUAUUGAUGUUUUGGGUUGAACUGUCCCGUGUGAGUGACAUUAUUCUGCAACAAGUCACUUCUUUGUUGUCAUAAAAUUAAUUUACAGUCAGUUGAA